AUGGAAGAGAAAGCGUUAGAAGUUUACGAUGUGAUCAGAACCAUCCGUGACCCGGAAAAGCCCAACACACUAGAGGAACUUGAUGUGGUGACAGAGAAGUGUGUGGAGGUCCGCGAGUUGGGCCCCGAAGAGUACCUCAUCAUCAUCAAGUUCUCCCCGACCGUCCCGCACUGCUCGCUAGCCACCCUAAUCGGUUUGUGUUUACAAGUCAAGCUUCAGAGAUGUCUUCCCUUCAAACAUAAACUGGAGAUUUACAUCAGCGAGGGGACGCACACCACCGAAGAGGACAUCAACAAGCAGAUCAACGACAAGGAACGGGUGGCUGCCGCCAUGGAGAACCCCGACCUCAGGGACAUCGUGGAGCAGUGCGUCAUUGAACCUGACGACUGA